AAAUUUGGUGAUAACAUUCUUUGGUAUCAAGUAUACAAAUGCAAUUUCUUUCAAAUUUUUUUACCACAUGGUUAUCGAAUAAUUGAGUGUUAAAUCGAAGUUCUUAUGCACAAGAUGUAUAACUGUACAUACGUAAACUUUAUGCCUAUACACGUGAACUCUAGUGUUCAAUUACUGGAGAACUAUGUGGUAGAAAAAUCUAAAAAAAUUUAUAUUCUCUAAUAUAUUUUUAAAGAAUACAUUUACCAAAUUUUAUUUAAUUCUUAUCAUUUUGAAAUUGUUUAUAUUUUUAACAUGGUUUAGCAUGGCAACAUUGUAUCAUCGCGAUCCACCCUCCUUAAUUAAUAUUCAUUCAUAUCGGGCUUCAUAAAUUGAGAAAAAAAAUCGAAUUACUGUCGAAAAAUAAAUGGAUACUUAUGCAAAUUUCAAUUAACGUUCAUAAUCUAUUUUACACACGCUUUUCUGCUACGCCAAUGUAACCCUUCUGUUGCUAAUGAACUAAUUCAUUUCGAAUGUACAAGUGUUGAAAUGUCUGUACGAUAAAAUAUCCUGCAAAUAACCAAACACUUGAACAAACAAGGAGAUAUUCCGUGUACUAUGAGAAUUCGAAAAGUCGCCACGUUCGUUUCUGUUAUAAAAACUCAAGGCUGCCGAUUUAGAUUUCAGUUUUCUUGAGCUUGUCGCGAGUUGAUCAGACUUUUAUUCACAAAAAAUUCACCGCACUUUUUACUUUAACAAAAAUGACUCCUUUUUCCAUAAUAUCGAUUCUGAUUUUCGGUAUUGUUAUAAUAUCUCUCGUCAAAUGUCAAGACUUCAAGGAAUUUGAUAAUUCUUCACAUCAAUACACGAUCACGGAAAGUGUAACCAGAAACUCGCGCAGAGUUAGUGGAUACAAACAUAUGAUCAGGCUUGGCCGAGCUGUAGACAAAAUUUCUUCAAAAGAAAUGGCUCCACCUGUAGACGGCCAGGAUUUAAAAAAGUUAAAAUCGCGCCCCAAAAAAUUGCCCAAAUAAGUGUCUGGUACCACGUAUCAACUAUAUACAAAGUUCAUACCACAGGGCGAGCCAAUCUAUCGCGGCUUUCCGGUCCUGUAGACGUUAAUGUAGAAAAAAAAUAUUUGCUAUAUAUUGUUUAUAAAUGAUUUUUUUUCAACAUCAAUGAUGGCUUAUAUUUAGCGAUAUUUAUGGAAGUUGUUUCAAAAGUGAAACCAACAUGAUUUCCAAAGUUUGAAUCAGUUUUUGUCUGUCUGAAAUGGAGUGUUCAAAGCAAUCAAAUCUACACGAGAUGAAUUUCACGAUUACGCAUACAGUGAAAAACUUUGUACGCAUGUUACAUUGAAGUGUUUGAAAUGUUUUGUCCAAUUUCAUAAUUCGAAAACUUUCAAAUUUUUAUUCCAUUCCUCAUGUUACUUCCAUGAAAAUUUCGUGUAUUGAAAUUAUGCCCUUGAUCGCACAAGCUACGAAACAACAUUUCAUGAUUAUACGAAUGCCCGAUAUAAAAGAAUGAUUUUACCACAAGUGUUAGCACGUGGUAAAUGGAUCGGUUCCUACGAGUACAUUGUAGCCGAUUGAAAUAGGAGUUUCUACAAUUAUAUUAGGUAAUUGUCGCUGGUCACGAGCUGUUUCGUCACGAUUAUGCAACGACGAACCAAGCAUUUGGCACGCGGCUUUACUUAUCGGUUAUACAUAUUUAUUAAAUUAGCAGGGUUGGAGAACUAGGAAAACAACUUUCAGUAUUAACAAUGUUUAUUGCUACGUUCACGCGGAUAAGCGUUCAUUUUCUUCCGCACACUGACCACUAACUUAUUUUAAACUUAACAACAUGCGCACAUAUAUAGUAGCGCUCCAUCUAUUUUCCAUCCAUAGCGCAGGACGCUUAAACCCUUCAUCCAUCACUACAUUACUACUCCACUGUUACCAGGCAGUUUGAGCAAUCGUCACUAAGUCUCAGUCGACUGUUUCACAAUCCUUUGAUUUCCUGCCUCGAAUGAUCCAAUGAAAAUUUUACCGUGCGCAGCAUGAACUUGCUAACGUGAAAUAUGAUUAGAGCUAGUAACGUUGCCAGUAGAUUUUCCGGCGAGAAAAUUAUACUCGAGGAGUAUAAAGAGACGCGCACGUUAGCGGCUUGGUAGCCCAUACUCAUAAAGUAUGAAACGAAUGUAUUCUAUGAGUCAAUAGCUUCGGAUAUUCAACGCGCAAAAUAUACAAACAGUAUUUUACGGCUACAAUAUAUUUGCUUGGGAUUCUCCGUUCGCACAUUGGUCAACACAACACUGUUCCAAUAAGUUUCAAAGUAUUAAACAUUUUUUCAUUUUGCACCGGCCAGACCGUUGCCUCGCCUGUAAUGACUAAUUCGUCAAGUUGUGGAACCGCGAAUCUCCGAAGCUCCGUGCAUCUGGAAAGCGGGUCGGGUUGGUGCUACAUGAACGGCUGGCUCGGUCAACCUUUAUCAUUGAGACGUAGGUACGUAACGGUUGAUAUUUCGUGACCCAACUUAAACUAGAGUCAAGCAUGGAUUUGCAGAGUUCGCCAUGGUCAUGCUAAUUUUUACAAAUCCUCGCUACAAUUUUACAAGCGAGGCUAAAUCGACCAAUCUUGACACAUUAUAUUAUAUACAAAUUGAUCAUCCAUUUGCGGCCGAGACAUCGAGAUCCCACUCCACGUUAAUGCCCUAUUUAAAUAGAGGAUUGGCCCUUUGGGACUUGUACACUUAGGAUAUUGUAGCACCUCGAAAACUUGAGAAAUGUACAAUUUAGGUGGCAAGAAUUCUAAAAGGUCGAGCGAGAAAACGUAUUCCAUAGAGGUACGAUGUCAAGCUGAACACUCGGCGUGGGGCUUCUCCGAUCAUUAUUUUCUCGUCAUUGGCAAUUUGGAGUACCACUUGGGUGUUUAUGUGAAGGGUUCUAUAUUACCGGUCAACUCAACCAAAGGAUCGCAUCUGGUGUGUGAAAAGACCGUUUGCAAAGAGUGCUAUACAAGAAUAGUAAAUUUGUAUGAAUCAAAGGAGGAUAAACGAUUGUUUGGCUUUUACCCCCUCAUUAAUUGCGAAUCCCUAGUCACAGGUUUUAGCUCUCAAGCAAUGUUUAUGGCCUUUCUACCGUUUAUCGCAGUUCUAGCUUUGUCCGGUCGAUUCCUUUACGCUAUUCUACUGACCCUCGUCGGAUUUACAAUGUAUUUCGCAUGCAGCAAAUACGUCUUCAGUCGAACGCAAAAAGUUUCGUGCCGACAUCUGACGUAAAGAGAAAAAUAAUGA